CCCAUCAACAUCUUCCUCGACCUUUGAAGUUUGCAUCGGACCUCGUUGUUCACGAUGGAGGCGUCAGGGUCUCGCUCUCGUAUCGAGAGCAUCGUUGCUCUGCUCACCUCCAACGGCUUUCCCAAGUUCACUCUCAAUCAUGAUAGCCCCAAUGCCGGGGUCUCAUCUCUGUGAGGCCCCAGGAUUCGUGGUAGCAAGAUAUAGCUGCCGAGUGUCGCUUUCCAUAUUUCAUAUUUCCCCCCUGGUUUCAAUUAUCUGACAUCUAAAUCUAUUAAAUCGCCAUGACCAUGCAAGACCUCGCUCCAGAGAUCAUGGUCCACAUCUACGAAUCCCUCACCUCAGUGUCCGACAUCAUCAACCUGUCGUUGACAUGCCGCUACUUCCAUGACCUUCUUCCUAAGUCGCAAAAGCUCUCCCUUUUCUUCAGCGCGCUAGACAAAGAGAUGGGCCCGCUCGAUGAUAUACUCCAACUCCUGACCCAAAACGACAAUCAAAUGCUUCAUGUUCGGCGCACCCCGCCACUCUCAUUCGCUCUGUUGACGCAAGCCGCCGCUGUCGGACGCACAGCGGGACGCCUUGUCACGUUAUACCCCAGCUUUCGCUGGACCGAGGCGGAGAGCAUGUCCCGCAGGUUCCUCGACGACACGGAAGCACGAAGACUGCGCCGCGCCGUGUACCGGUUCUGGAGCUACACACAGGCUUUCCACGGCCGCUUCGGACGCAUGUUGCGCUUCGACAUGAUACCAUCGAACGAACGAUUGCAACUGCUCCGCACGUGGCCCACCGAGGAACUGUACGAGCUCGAGGAUCUACGCUGUACAUUUGAACAAGUCGUGGCGACAGAAAUCUGUCCGACGGAUGGAGAGGUAUGGUCUAGGAUGCCCGACGAUGCGAGACAUUUCCACGGGCACGUCCCUCACGCGUCCCUGCACACCUCCUUCGACCGCAGCAGCUACCACGGAUCUGUACGCGGGUCGUAUCGUGACAUAUUCCAUACUUCUCACGACAUGACGGUGCUGGACAGAACGAAACCUUCGGUGCAAGAACUCCGGCACAAACACAUGUCGGGGUGGGGAAGUGACGUACACAGCUUCUACUUGGUGCAGUCGUUCUUGAAAUUCUCACCGGCGCAGAUUUUGUGGCUCUACGACAACGCGGUGUCCAAGGCGGACGUGGAAAAGUAUGUCGAGGCCCAGACCGGCGAUGCAUGUUUCUUCGAGUCCGGGUCGAUGCUGUUUCACGAUUGGGCGGCGGUGCUGCAUACUCGUGGUGUGGAUGUGCAGUUGACCCGGGAGGCCAUCUGGCAGGGGACGGCAGGCAUUGUGCUAGAUAGACCAUCAACUGAGACCUAGAAUGAUAGACGGAAUCAGGGCCAUUGAUACGAGAUGUUCUUCCCGCUAUCGACGCCUUUAAAAAAGACGCACAUCCACUCGUUUGAUCGGUAUCGAGUGUCUUAGUAGCCCAGGCCAUACAUCAAGGAGAAACAACAAGGGAACACUUUGGUGAGAG